AUGUACAGGACACUCGCCCUCGCUUCUCUCUCCUUCUUCGGGGCCGCCCGCGCCCAGCAGGUUGGUACCUCGCAGACUGAAACUCAUCCCAAGAUGACAUGGAAGACUUGCACUGGGACCGGUGGUAACAGCUGCACCAGCAAGUCUGGAUCUGUUGUUCUUGACUCCAACUGGCGUUGGUCCCAUGUUACCAGCGGAUACACCAACUGCUUCGAUGGCAACUCUUGGAACACCACUGCCUGCCCUGAUGGCAUGACUUGCACCAAGAACUGCGCCAUUGAUGGUGCUGACUACUCUGGCACCUACGGGAUCACCACCAGCAGCGAUGCCCUGACCCUCAAAUUCGUCACCAAGGGCCAGUACUCUAGCAACAUCGGCUCGCGCACCUAUCUCAUGGAGACCGACUCCAAAUAUCAAAUGUUCAACCUGAUCGGCAAGGAGUUCACCUUUGACGUGGACGUUUCCAAGCUGCCCUGUGGUCUCAACGGCGCCCUCUACUUUGUCGAAAUGGCCGCUGAUGGCGGCUUGAACAAGGGCAACAACAAAGCCGGCGCCAAAUAUGGAACUGGAUACUGUGACUCCCAAUGCCCACACGACAUUAAGUUCAUCAAUGGUAAAGCCAAUGUCGAAGGCUGGAACCCCUCGCCCAACGAUCCCAACGCCGGCCAAGGUAAAAUCGGCGCCUGCUGCCCAGAAAUGGACAUCUGGGAAGCAAAUUCCAUUUCCACAGCCUACACCCCGCACCCCUGCAGUGGCACCGGUCUCCAAGAAUGCACGGGCACCGCCUGUGGUGACGGCGACAACCGCUACGGCGGCAUCUGCGACAAGGACGGCUGCGACUUCAACAGCUACCGCAUGGGCGUCCGCGACUUCUACGGCCCCGGCAUGACGCUCGACACAAACAAGAAAAUGACCGUAGUCACGCAAUUCAUCGGCUCCGGCAGCUCGCUCACCGACAUCAAGCGCUUCUACGUCCAAGACGGCAAGGUGUUCAAGAACACGGAUUCAGCAAUCGAGGGUGUCACGGGCAACUCCAUCACCGAUCAGUUCUGCGAGCAGCAGAAGACGGCGUUUGGCGAUACCAGCUCGUUUAAGAAGUUGGGUGGUUUGAACGAGAUGGCUGCUUCGUUGGCGAGGGGCCAUGUGCUCGUCAUGUCGCUUUGGGAUGAUCAUGCUGUUAACAUGCUUUGGCUUGAUUCUACGUACCCUACUGAUGCCGAUCCGCAGAAGCCAGGUGUUGCUCGUGGUACUUGCCCUACGACGUCUGGUAAGCCUGAGGAUGUCGAGGCUAGCUCGCCGGAUGCUACGGUUGUCUACUCCAAUAUCAAGUUUGGUCCUAUUGGCUCGACUUUUGCUCAGCCUGCAUAG